AUGUUGAGUAUUGGUAGUGAUGUUGGUUUGGAUCGAGAGAUCAGUGCAUUGACUUCAAUGAGUGGAAGUGGAGUAUCGAGUGAACUGGUGAUCAGAGCGGAGGCUCCCGAUAACGGCGCUACUUAUCGAUGUGAAGCAUCAAAUGCGGCCACUUUUAAGCCAUUGAGUGCUUCAAUCAAAUUAUCCGUGUUUUAUAUAUCAGAUUUAGUGACUAUUAAGUUGAAACCAAAAUAUCCCAAAUCGGGAGAUGUGCUAAAUAUGAUCUGUGAUUCCGGUGCUUGUAAUCCAAUGUGUGAAGUGUUUUGGUAUAAAAAUGGUAUCAAAAUUGAAAGCAAAUUGUAUGAAGAAGUGAUUGAGUCUUCAGCACCAUUUGGUGGGAAGAAUAGCAGAAGUGGUCUCAAACUAGACAUCACUACAAAGGAUGACGAGAACCAUAUCUAUUGCGAAACUGUGAAUCAAGUGUUGGGCAAAAGAUCCGGCGCUAACAUUACUCUCAGUGUCUUAUUUAAGCCUCAAUUCGUGGCACCGCCUCAACAGAAGUAUGAUGUCAUUGAAGGCGAAGACAUUUCAACAGCCUUCCGUUGCUCGACAUAUCAGACACAACAACAACGAUGUCUAAUGCAAUUACAGCUCAUCGCCAACACCGACGACAACACCAAUUGA